AAGGAAGCCGAUAUAAAAGCUAAUGGCAGUCGAUCGAAGACCUCAGUCUUUGAUAGUGUUCUUAGCAGGUGACAAGUAGAGUACACUAUCUACAGAGCUGUGGUGCAACCGUUGUUGGAAGCUCUCUCCCUCCCGCGCCUCUUCGCCCGAUCACAUUUUCCGCCUCGCCUCGUAACCCGUCCCCCAUUUAGCCAGCCACCAUGUGUGACGACGAUCAGGGAGCGUUGGUCGUGGACAAUGGCUCCGGAAUGUGCAAGGCUGGCUUCGCCGGUGAUGAUGCUCCGCGUGCCGUAUUCCCGUCGAUUGUCGGACGCCCUCGGCACCAGGGUGUGAUGGUCGGUAUGGGUCAGAAGGACGCCUACGUAGGUGAUGAGGCCCAAUCCAAGCGGGGUAUUUUGACGUUGAAGUAUCCGAUCGAGCACGGUAUCAUCACCAAUUGGGACGACAUGGAGAAGAUCUGGCAUCACACGUUCUACAACGAGUUACGUGUCGCACCGGAGGAGCAUCCGAUUCUGCUGACGGAGGCUCCGCUGAACCCGAAGUCUAACCGCGAGAAGAUGACUCAGAUCAUGUUUGAGACUUUUGCCGCUCCGGCCGCUUACGUGGCCAUUCAGGCCGUCCUGUCUCUGUACGCCUCCGGUCGUACCACUGGUGUCGUACUUGACUCCGGAGAUGGUGUAUCGCACACUGUCCCCAUCUACGAAGGUUAUGCUCUGCCACAUGCCAUUCUGCGUAUGGACUUGGCCGGUCGCGAUUUGACCGACUACCUGAUGAAGAUCUUGACUGAGCGCGGCUACUCGUUCACCACCACUGCUGAGCGCGAAAUUGUCCGCGAUAUCAAGGAGAAGCUGUGCUACGUCGCUCUGGACUUCGAACAGGAAAUGCAGGCCGCUGCAGCUUCUUCCUCUUCGGAGAAGUCCUAUGAAUUGCCCGACGGACAGGUCAUCACCAUUGGCAACGAGCGCUUCCGCGCCCCGGAGGCCUUGUUCCAGCCGUCCUUCCUGGGAAUGGAAGCCACCGGUGUUCACGAGACUGUCUACAACUCGAUCAUGCGUUGCGACGUCGACAUCCGCAAGGAUCUGUAUGCUAACAGCGUCCUCUCCGGAGGUACCACCAUGUAUCCAGGUAUUGCCGAUCGCAUGCAGAAGGAGAUCACAUCGCUGGCUCCGUCGACCAUCAAGAUCAAGAUCAUUGCCCCGCCGGAGCGUAAGUACUCCGUCUGGAUCGGUGGUUCCAUCUUGGCUUCGCUGUCCACGUUCCAGACGAUGUGGAUCUCGAAGCACGAGUACGACGAGGGCGGCCCAGGAAUUGUGCACCGCAAGUGCUUCUAAGGGCCCUUGAUCGAUCGCUGCCACCACACCCAAUUAUCAAUGACGACUGCUAUAACUGCCAUACUCAUAUGACCACUGCCUUGACGGCUUGCCCUGCUGCCAUACCGGGGCCUGAUCGGGGGCAGUGUGCGCGCUCGCGUCCAUUUUUGCUACUACUACUUCUACUACAUCUGCUGACAUCUCUGUAGAAUAUCUAUUACAUUUAUGACAUCUUUCACAUCUACUGACAUCUACUACAAUUACUAGAGCUAAGUACUUCUGCUUUUUUUUUCUUUGCUAUGAUAAACAGGUUUUUAAUUUUGACAAAAAAAAAACUGUUUGCACGCCACCAAUCAAAAAACUCGGAGUUUGACUAAUUCAUUGCGUGAAAGAAAAGCCUGUUCGCAGAUGUUCAGUACCGGAUCGAAAAGCGAUAGUUUUCUGAUUUUGAUGCUAGUAGUAAUGGUAGUAAGUUCAAACAAAGUUGUAGCCAUAAAACUUCUAGCAAUGUGCACAAGAACACAUUCAAGGUCACUUUAAAAUAUGCUCCCAUUUUGCUUAGAUACAAUCAUUUACACAUCAUUUCAGCUCAACCACUGCGCUACAUAGUUACCUGAUUUGUAGUACCAACAAUAUAGUUACUGAAUAUUGAA